GAUAGCAAAAAAAAUGAGCAAUCCGACUUCUCUGUGCGAAAAGCUGCGCAACUACCUCCGUAUGUUAGAAAGAGAUAGCGAUACACAGUCGAUCGUUCACGCAACUCCGUCUUUAAAUUAUACGUUCUCAUAGCCUUGUAGUGUGUUGAGAGAGUGCGCAAACGACGGAUAAUGGACAACCUGCUGAUGGAUUCUCGACUUUAUGUAAAAGAAGGGUGGGUAUAUUUUGGUUUGGUGAGAGUUUUCAGUUGUGACGUUUCAAAUUCGAUACGAAAUUUAGUAAUGGGGGGUGCGCGACAUGGACACCGAAGUCAGGGUUUAGAAUUUCAGUACAGCUUCGGAUAGCCGCGAAGCGCUGCUUUGUUAGAUCUCCAAUUGUUUACAGAUCCGAUUUUUUUUAAUAUCCCCCGCGACUAUUAUCGCUUAUAUGAAAUAUACGAACCGGAUUUAUUAAAGAAACCAGAUUCUUAGUUAGAAACUUUUACAAAAGCGCACUAAACGACGCAACAGUAUUGUAUUACAGAGUAAAAAAUAAAAAAAAAGUAGUGACUUGUGAACUUUUUAGUGUUUUGAGUGAGUGUUAUAAAUUAAAAAUUUAAAAUAACUGUGAAAUGAACGAAGAUAUUUAAAAAUUAUAUUAGGUUAUCAAAGCUAUGGAUUGUGAAAAACUAAUCAAAAUCAAACAGCCUACCAAAGACAAAGUGUACCAUUCAAAAACAGAACCGUAAGCGCAAAAUGACAGCACAAAAACUAUUUACCCCCAAAAGAACUGUCAAAGUGACAUUGUGUGUGACAUUACCGCGAGGGUAAAUAAUGGUGACCCUGAUGCCGUGUAGCUACCUCGGAGGGGGUGCCUCCCCACGCUGCAGCUUGGACCACGCAGAGCCAAAGGCAAAAAGACCAAGACCUGACACAGGCACCGAUGUAUCAGAUCGAUUAUCAGGCGAAGUCAACACAAGCCCCUGCGAAUCAGAAUCAACAUCGAACUCCCCGCCAUCACUCCUGCAGGAUGCGACGUUGCCAGCUCUCCUAGUCUCCGGAUCAUCCACACUGUUCCAGAACACGACGACGACUACCAACACAGCGCUCAGUCUGUCAGCUGUUGACAGCUUAUGCUUGCCUGGUACUUCAGAAGUGGAGAGCUGUAGUUUAGCGAACGGAUGCGCUACGAGCUCGUCGCUGGGACUGGCUUUGCCGUUGACGUCGACUGGGGGACUUUGUUCGACCUCCUCGUCGGCUGCGGUAGCCUGGUUGAUGAAUGAGGAUAGUGCCGGCGGUGUAAAGAGUGAGGUCCGUAGCCCGGGCCUGUGCGAAGCCGACGUGGCGCUGUACGGCGAAACGCUGCCGUACGACCAGUCUGCCCUGCCCUACCAGUAUUAUAAUAGUAUGCAGCAAUAUGGUAGCGGCAGCGCAGCUUCGUCGUACGUCAGCUCAUCGCUGUACAACCAGCCGUACGGGGCGUACCCGCCACAGCAUAACACUACCAAUCGAUCGUCAUGCAAAGCGACGCCGACGUACCUAAGCGCUUAUGGAGUGAGUGGAGUAAGCGGCGUGCCCAGCACGGGCUUCGGUACCCAGCCCUCGCCUUAUGCCUACUCUUCGUACAACGGAGGACUGGCGCAGUCGUUUCCUACUGCACAACAGGACUACAGCAGCUAUGCGGCCGGAUACGCGGACCACAACGUGGCCCAAUACAGCGGGUACUACGCCGCGCCUAGUUACUCGCCCUACGUCAGCUCGCCGAGUAGCAGCGGCAGUGCGGGACACACUUCAUAUCAUUUAGGGGGUGCAUUAUCAGAAUCUCCAUCAUCAAUGCUGCCGUCAAUAAAUGACACAAGUCCACUCUCCCCCAUCAAAACAGAAGUACACGCGGCCAGUCGGAGAUGUCGAGAGAACUCAGGAGAAAGCACAGCCUCACGAUCACGGGGCCGCGGCCGUCGCAACACAUCGUCGUCUCCCGCACAACACGUGCCCGAGCCGGCUACAGACAGAGUGUUUAUCUGGGACCUGGACGAGACCAUCAUCAUCUUCCACUCGCUGCUCACUGGGACUUACGCUACUAAGUACAAUAAGGACACACAGCAAAUAGUUCAAUUGGGUUUUAGAAUGGAAGAGAUGAUAUUCAGCUUAGCCGACACGCAUUUCUUCUUCAAUGAUGUUGAGGAUUGUGACCAGGAGCACAUAGACGCAGUAGCGGCCGACGACAACGGACAAGACCUAUCUGCCUACAAUUUCACAGCAGACGGGUUCCACGCGGGAGCCGCACCUAACACCGGGUUAUGUGCGCCUGGUGUCAGAGGCGGGGUUGACUGGAUGAGAAAACUGGCUUUCAGAUACAGGAAGAUCAAGGAUACGUACAAUAAUUAUAGGAAUAGUGUGGGCGGUCUCCUAGGCCCAGCUAAGAGAGAACAGUGGCUGCAACUGAGAGCUGAACUCGAACAGGCGACGGACAACUGGCUCACUCUCGCCUGCAAGUGUCUCAAUAUGAUCAACUCUAGAGAGAACUGUGUAAACGUGUUGGUGACGACAACGCAGCUGGUGCCCGCUUUAGCUAAAGUACUGUUGUUUGGGCUCGGCGGAGUGUUUCCUAUCGAGAAUAUAUACUCCGCCACUAAGACCGGUAAAGAAACAUGCUUCGAAAAAAUAAAGCAGCGCUUCGGCGAGCGAUGUACAUACGUCGUCAUAGGCGACGGACAAGACGAAGAAGCGGCGGCCAAAGCGAAGAACUAUCCCUUCUGGAGAAUAUCCAGCCAUUCUGACAUCGCCGCCCUUUACAACGCACUGGAUAUGGGCUUCUUAUGAUCUACUGGUACCCUGGUACUUGAAUGCACGAGAUAUUGUUUUAAAUUCAACAGCAUUAGGAAGGAAAUACUGGAAUUUAGUUUGAUGUGCUAUCGAGUCUCCUAUGAUCUACUGGUACCUUAGUACUUCAUAAUCACGCGGGGAUUUAAAGCAUUUGAUAAGAUAUCUUGAUUUGUUGGGUACCCUAGUACUUGUGGACCACAUGAGAAAUAAUAGCGUUUCAAAUUGGAAAGUUAAUAACUGAAAAUUGACAAAGCAGUCGUUUUAAGUUCUAAGAGCUUCUGAUGUCCUGGUUUUGUGGGAAGAAGAUGACUAUUAAAAAUUCGUCUUUCGCUACUGUCGAAAGGAUAAAUAAAAGACAAAAAUCUCCUGAUUUUUAAAUAUGAACAAGACCAAAACAUGGUAAAAUCUCUUAUACUUUCUGAGAGGAGGUUCAUUAAAAUAAAUAUCUAAAAUACCUAUUAGAUGGUCAAUGACACACACACACUACUUCGUCUAAUUUCAGAGCUUCCUAUAACCAAAGCCAAAAUUUUUGAUACAUUUACGAAACUACAUUAUGUGAAAACUAUUUUCACAUAUCCUUACUGAGACAAUGCCUAGAAGCGGCCAAAAGAUUUUCCAAAAAUCUUCUAGAACAUUUUUCUAAAGAUUUAAGAUGACUUUAAGAGGUAUCUUGAUCAUAAAAUACAGUAGUUAGAAGAAUUAACAUAGCUUAUGAAACAAACUAUUUUUUAUUUAUUAUACAGGUUGAUAAUUUUAUUUUUUUAGCUCGCUACAGUUGUAGAUAAAUAUAUGAAACGGAUUCGAGUUCAGUAUGUUGGUAAAACGGCCUGUGGUUCAUGUCUAAGAAUAAGUAAUGAAUGCAGAAUCAUUUAAUAAAUUUUUCACGUUUAAUUCGCAAAUGUGCAAUCAUUUUUCAUACUAAAAUAAAAAAUCUCUAAAAACACUGAAAUAGUACUGAACACCCAUUAAUUCUAAUAUUUUCAAUGGCAGUUUAUUUUAAGUAUGAAAUACUGUUCUAUUUAAAUAAAAAUAUGUACGUACACCAUACAUACAUAUUUGAAACUACUUUACUUUUUUGUGGUGAUUUUUAUUAAUUAUUAACAUUAAUUAUUUUUACAAUUAAAAUUAAAAAAACUUUACUAAAAAUAAAAUACUAGAUACAAAAAUAAUACAGGAAUACUUCGACGCCGAAUCAGUGUUCUUAUAUAUAAAAGUAUGAAAUUCUUAUUCUAAUUGUUUGGAUCCAGGUUACACUCUCAUAUUGUUUUCGAAUCCAUGUACUAGGCUAACAUAUUGUCGCGAAAGUACGAAUGUUCUUAAAUAUCGAGGAAAGGACUUUAGAACUCGCGACAACUAUCUUAGCCCAUAUUACCUUCACGGCUCCAUAAAAGUACAUUUUUUCAUAAAAAACAUUAGUUUCGGGGCCUCAGCUAUUUAAAUAUAUUAAUUAUUUUAGUUUAUAAAAGCUCAAAGUCAGCUCAAAAUCUAAUACGAAAACUAAAAUGGAUAAAAGAUAUGAUUUUUUGUAAAUAUUUAUUGAAAAUAGUAGCGACGUAGUGUUUUGUAAGUCCAUUCCUACAAUAAGUUUUAUAUAAUCUUUACUGUAAUUAUUAGGACAAUGUAUAGCAAAUAAAUGAGUCUUCUAGUUUUUCUAUUUGUUUUCGGGAUGGUCUUAAAGUAUCGAUAUUUUGUUAGGGUACAGUCUACUAAAAAAAGACUCGAAACAUGAUGUUUUAGUGGACUGUACCCAAAUAGUAAAAUCCACACGAGUUUGGCAUAUGUAAUUGUAAUAUUAUACCUAUGUAAAACAAAAAAUUGUUCCUGUUACUCUAAGCACAAGCGUUUUUGAUAUCUUCCAAUAUGGACACGAAAUAUUUCUUUGUAUAUCUUUCAGAAACUGUACAACUACUCAAGACUUUUCAUUUCACGAAACGUAGCAAUAUUUUUAAAUGUUAUUAAAAAUAGAAAAAAAAUUGUAAAUAAAAAUCUAAAUUUUAGAUUAGAUAUAGCUUAUUAAUCUAGUUCGAAAGUUAUUAUUAUUCGAUUUGUAAAUAAAAUUAUAUUAUUUGACAAUUUA